AAACAGAAAGAAAACACCAAAUCAGCAUUUUUUUUUUCCCAUGUUAUUGUCAUACCAAAAAAUGUGAACAAGUGUACUAGGAUUUCACAUAUCCACACUUUCAGCAUCCUAUUCUAAUUCCUCACCCUGUUUUUUAGAAGCUUAAACCAUUUUCAUGGCAAAGAUAACCACAUAAAUCUUGUUAUUAUUCUCAAAUGUUUCUCAUUUUACUUCCAACACAAAAAUUUAGUGAUAUGGGAAAUAAUUUCUGGGUCAUAUUUUGUGGGAAUUCAUCCUACCCAUAUGAAGAAAUUGGUGCAAUUUUCUCAGCAAUAAUAAAUUCAAAUUCAUGUAUGAAUCACAUCUUAGUAAUCUUCAUAGAUAUACUGCUCAUUUUUACAUCUUUACUUAUCAUUAUAUCCACUUCUAAAAGUCCCAGAAUCAACUAUAUUGUUUCUGCACUCAGAUUUUGUUCUGCUGUUGCUUAUACUGCUCUGAGUUUAGCAUACUUGGUUUUGGGAAUAUGGGUUUUUGAGGAUAAAAUAAGGAGUGAAAAUACUGUUUUACCCUUGCAUGGUUGGCUGAUUAUGCUCUUUCAAGGGUUUACAUGGCUGUUUUUGGGUCUGAUUCUAAGCUUCAAAAGGUCAUUUACUCCUCACUUUACUAUGAUGAAGUCAUGUGCCAUUGUUUCUAGCUUAUAUGCUGGAUUUAUGUUUAUUAUAUCUGUAUAUGAACUGAUUGUUUUCAGGAGAAUGAAAUCUGUUAAGGUUAUAUUUGAUGUUCUGUUGCUUCCUGGAGCAGUUUUGCUUCUUUUGUGUGUUUUCAGAGAAAAUAUAGAUGAACUAGAAUCAGAAUCAAAAUUUUCUUUCCACGAGUCUUAUAUACCUUUGCAUGAUAAUGAAGAUGUUCAUAUCACUGAUGAAAAUGAAAACAUAACCCCAUUUUCGAAAGCCGGGUUUUUUAGUAGAAUGUCAUUUUGGUGGCUGAAUCAAUUGAUGAAGAAGGGUAAGGAGAAGAUUCUUGAAGAUGAAGAUAUCCCAAAGUUAAGAUCUUCUGAUCAGGCAGAAAUAUGUUACCAGGAUUUUAUGGAGAAAUUUAGUGUAAGGAAAGAGAGAGGAUUAAAUUCCUUUGUUCCUACCUUAUUUUAUUGGCAAUGGAAAGAAAUCAUGACUUCUGGGGCCUUUGCAUUGGUUAAGGUACUCACACUCUCAACUGGGCCUCUUUUUCUUAAAGCAUUCAUUGACAUAGCUGAAGGGAAAAAAGCCUUCAACUUCAAGUAUGAAAGUUAUGCAAUGACUUUUCUGCUCUUCCUUACAAAAAGCUUAGAAUCAUUGUCAGAGAGGCAAUGGUGCUUUAGGACUAGAUUGAUCGGACUUAAGAUAAGAUCGAUGUUAUCUGCAGCUGUUUAUGCGAAGCAAUUCAGACUCUCAAAUGAUGCUAAAACUAGUCACACACCCGGUGAGAUAAUCAACUAUGUCACAGUUGAUGCUUACAGAAUAGGUGAAUUUCCUUUCUGGUUCCAUCAAAUAUGGGCUGUGGUUCUUCAAAUGUGCAUUGCUUUAGUGAUUAUUUACUAUUGUGUUGGCAUCGCAACAAUUGCAGCAUUAGUGAUAGUUGGGAUAGCAGUACUUGGAAACUCUCCGCUAGGAAAAUUGCAGCAUAAAUAUCAAACAAAGCUCAUGUUAGAACAGGAUAAAAGACUAGGAGCCAUAACUGAAGCUUUGAUGACUAUGAAGGUGCUAAAAGUAUAUGCUUGGGAAAAUCAUUUUAAAAAAGUCAAUGAACAUAUGAGAGAAAUAGAAUUCAGGUGGCUAUCCGCUGUGAUUUUGCAGAAAGGGUAUUAUAUGAUUCUUUUUUGGUCAUUUCCAAUAUUGAUGUCUAUUACUACCUUUGGAGCAUGCUGUUUCUUUGGCAUUCCUUUGGAUGCUGGUAAUGUUUUUACAUUUCUAGCUACUUUGAGAAUAGUUCAGGAGCCUGUGAGAUUGAUCCCGGAUGUCGCUGGAGCAUAUAUACAAGCACGUGUAUCAUUAGAUAGAAUAGUAAGGUUCCUUAAUGCAAACGAGAUGCAGAAUCAACAUAUCCAGGAAAAGAAGGAAGGGAAGGAACUAGAGAAGUGUAUAGAUAUCAGAAGCACGGCGAUCUCAUGGGAUUACUCUCUCAAACCGACCCUGAUUAAUGUGAAUUUACUUAUUAAACCCGGAGAGAACGUAGCCAUUUGUGGUGCGGUUGGAGCUGGUAAAUCCACACUUUUGGCAGCCAUUCUGGGAGAAGUUCCGAACAUCAAUGGCAAUGUGCAGGUUUACGGAAAGCUUGCGUAUGUCUCUCAGACGUCAUGGAUUCAAACUGGAACUAUCCAAGAUAAUAUUCUGUUUGGUUCUUCCAUGGAUCAUGAGAAGUAUCAGGACACACUUGAAAGGUGCUCAUUGGUAAAAGAUAUUGACAUGCUUCCAUUUGGUGAUCACACUGUCAUUGGGGAAAGAGGAGUCAACCUCAGUGGUGGACAGAAGCAGCGAGUUCAGCUAGCACGCGCCUUAUAUCAGGAUGCUGAUCUAUACCUCUUGGAUGACCCAUUUAGUGCUGUUGAUGCUCACACCGCAACUAGUCUAUUCAAUCAAUAUGUGAUGGAAGCUCUGACAGGAAAGACUGUCCUGCUAGUCACUCAUCAAGUUGACUUCCUCCCUACCUUUGAUUGUGUCUUGUUGAUGGUCGAAGGUCAGAUUAUAAAGUCGGGAACUUAUGACCAGUUGAUGACAUCAAGCCUUGAAUUUCAGAAUCUUGUCAAUGCUCAUACCACUGCGAUUCAGUCUGGAAAAUGCAAAGAGAAAAUAUCUUCACUAAAUAAAUGUCCCGCCAAAAGUGACAAAACAGAGUUUUUCAACAAGGAGAAAGAACAUUUAUUUUUAGGUGAUCAAUUGAUUCAGAAAGAAGAAAGAGAAAUAGGAGACAGUGGUUUUAAGCCUUAUAUCCAAUACUUAAGUCAUGGACGAGGUUUCUUAUACUCAUCCUUGGCAGUCUCAGCCCAUAUCUUAUUCCUACUCGGGCAAUCUAUACAAAGUUAUUGGCUAGCUACUAAUGUUCAGUUUUCUGGUGUUAGUGAACUGAGGUUGGUCACAGUGUACUCAGUUAUAGGAUGCAGCGUGGCGCUCUUCUUGUUCUUAAGAUCGUUUUCUAUAGUAUCCCUUAGCCUUAGUGCCUCACGAUCAAUAUUUUCUACAUUACUGAACUCCCUCUUUCGUGCACCUAUGUCCUUCUUUGAUGCCACUCCUCUGGGAAGGAUACUCAGUCGGGUGUCUUCAGAUCUAAGUAUCAUGGACCUUGAUGUAGCCAUGAUGAUAAGCAUGGCCCUCGCUUCUACACUAACUGCCUUCUUCAGCUUUGGGAUCCUGGCUAUCGUGACAUGGCAAGUCUUGCUGGUCAUUGUGCCUAUGGUUUAUCUGACUAUAGUCUUACAGCAAUACUAUUUUGUAUCAGCAAAGGAGUUGAUGCGAAUUAAUGGAACUACAAAGUCCACAGUGGCAAGCAAUCUUGCUGAGGCAAUUUCAGGAGCCACCACCAUUCGAGCUUUUGGCAAGGAAGACCAGUACUUCUCAAAGGCAGUGGCGCUUAUAGACAAGAGUGCCAGCCCAUUUUUUCAUAGUUUUUCUUCAAAUGAAUGGUUGAUCCAACGCUUAGAGAUGCUAUGUGCAGUUAUCCUCUCAUGCUCGGCCCUUGCCCUGACUUUGCUUCCAUUCAGUGAAGCCAACUCUGGAUUUGUUGGGAUGGCACUUUCCUAUGGCCUCUCCUUGAAUAUCUAUCUUGUCAGUUCUGUCCAAAACCAGUGCAUGCUAGCCAACAUGAUAGUUUCAGCCGAAAGGCUGGAGCAGUACAUGCACAUUCCUGAAGAAGCCUGUGAAAUUAUCCAAGAAAACAGACCUCCACCUAAUUGGCCGGAUGCAGGGAGAAUCGAGAUCAAUGAUUUAAAGGUCAAAUAUAGACCAAAUGGUCCAUUGGUUCUUCAAGGGAUCAGUUGCAUCUUUGAAGGUGGAAGCAAGAUUGGCAUUGUGGGGAGGACCGGAAGUGGGAAAACAACCCUUAUUAGCACUUUAUUCCGCUUGGUGGAGCCUUCAGAAGGAAAAAUCAUCAUAGAUGGCAUAGACAUUUGCAGUAUUGGGCUACAUGAUCUUAGGUCACACCUUAGCAUCAUACCUCAAGAACCCACGCUUUUUAGUGGUUCAGUUCGUCAUAAUCUAGACCCCUUGUCACAGCAUACAGAUCAGGAGAUCUGGCAGGUUCUGCGGAAAAGCGAGCUCCGAGAUGUUGUUAAUGAGAAAGAAGGUGGCCUAGACUCCUUAGUUUUACAAGAUGGCUUAAAUUGGAGCAUGGGACAGCGACAAUUAUUUUGUUUAGGACGAGCAUUACUGAAGAAGAGGAAGAUACUAGUUUUAGAUGAAGCUACAGCAUCCAUUGAUAACACCACAGAUGCAAUCCUCCAGAAAACCAUAAGAACAGAAUUUGCAGACUGUACAGUUGUAACAGUGGCACACAGGAUACCAACUGUCAUGGAUUGCACAAGAGUUCUGGCUGUUAGUGACGGGAAAGUGGCAGAGUUUGAUGAGCCAGCGAAUCUCAUGAAGAAGGAAUCAUUGUUUGGGAAACUGGUUAAGGAGUAUUGGUCAUAUGAUGAAAAUUCAAAUGUGUAUAAUGAUCAGCUCUUAUGAAACCCAUACAGCACAAGUAAACUACUUCCUCCGUUUCAUAAUACUCGCUAUUCCUCCGUUUCAUAAUACUCGCUAUACACUUUCCAUUGUGGGAAGUUUCACAUUACUUGCUACACUUUCUUUUUGGGUAAUAAACUCUCUUUAUCUUUCUCCUCUCACAUGGAUCCCUUUUCUUUUUACUCUCUACCUCUUUCUUCUCCAAAAAUUGUCUAAGAGUCCGUGAAUUGAGAAGCGUAGCGACUAGCGAGUAAUACAAAACGGAGGAAGUAGUUACACAGUAGUCAGUAGGUGUACAAAAAAUUUCCUAUAAAAGCAAUUUAAUGAAAUAAAGAGAGAAACAAUAAGCCUCAAGACAACAUUUCUCUCAAGAUUAGCAAGAAAGGGUUUAAUGAGGUACUAUCAUA